AUGACUCGUCAAGAAUCAAGAAAUUCUACACUUAUCAUUGAUUCAGAUAAUGAUUCUGAUAGUGUUACAAGAACAAGUGAAACUCAAAAACCUUGGUGGUAUAUGUUUUAUAAAGAUCAAUAUGAUUGGCAAAUUGAUGUAGGCGCUAAAAUGGAUGUUCUAUUCAAUAUACUUAAACGUUGCUCAGAUAUCGGUGAUAAAGUGAUUAUGUUCUCUCAUAGUUUAAUAUCAUUAGAUUUAGUUGAAAAGUUCUUAGCAGAAAUUAAUCGUCAAUGGUCAGUUUUUCAGAAUCAAACAUCAGGUAAUACAACAAUUAAAAAUUUAGAAAAUCCAGAAAUACUAAAUCGUCCAGAUUUAUCAUCAUAUUUUUCUGAUAUUGGACAUAAUACAUGGAUUCGAGGCUUAGAUUAUGAACGUAUGGAUGGUAGUAUGAAUGUAAAUAUACGUAAAGAUUUACAGGCACGUUUCAAUUCUAUAAGUAAUACACGUUUACGAUUAUUUAUUAUAUCAACUAAAGCUGGUGGAUUGGGAAUCAAUUUAAUUGCUGCCAAUCGUCUUAUCCUUCUUGAUGCAUCAUGGAAUCCAAGUCAUGAUAUUCAAUCGAUAUUUAGAAGUUAUCGUUUUGGUCAAUGUAAACCAGUUUAUAUUUAUCGACUUAUUGCAAAAGGAACAAUUGAAGAGAAAAUUUAUGAUAGACAAGUAACUAAACAGUCUUUAUCACUUCGAGUGAUUGAUGAACUACAAAUUGGUCGACAUUUUUCAGAUGCUGAUCUACAAGAAUUAUUUACUUUUGAACCAGAUGUAUGGAGUCCUGAUGGGCAAGAUAAACGUCCAACCCCACUACUACCUAAAGAUCGUUUACUAGCUGAUAUGCUUACAGAAUAUCCACAUUUAAUUGUCACCUAUCAUAACCAUGAUUCAUUGUUAGAGCAUAGAGAAGAUGAAGGGUUAACAGAAUCAGAACGUCAAGAGGCAUGGAGAGAAUUUGAAGAAGAAAAACAAUUUGGUAUGACACUUGCUCAACAUCAACGUAUGCUGUUACAACAAGAAUGGUUAGCUCAACAUCAACAGCAACAACAACAACAACAGCAACUUCAGCUACAAUAUCUCCAACAUCAGCAACAACAAUUCCAGUUGCAACGACAUCUAUUACCGAAUUUUAUGAAUACAAAUUUACGCUUUCCAAUAGUAUCAUCACCAAAUACUGGACAGACGAUUGUUAUUAGUGAUGAUAACAGUGAUCUAUCAUCACCACCCCAUAUCAACUCCAGUCAUGAUAACAAUAAUAAUACUGAUAGUAAUCUUAUUUCAGGUGGGAUUCAUAUGUUGUCACCAUCUAUGUUUACUGCUAACUCUACAAUGAAUAUUUCAAAUGUUGGUGUAGAUAGUGUUAAUAACAUCGGUUCUCCUAUAGUCAAUUUAGCCACCACAGGUUCUAUGAACUCCACUGGAAGUGCUACACUUAACAGUAGUGAUAUUCAUGGUCCAAUUGGUAUGAAUCGAUCUGGCUUACCACAUGUAACCAACGUCAGUAGCAGUAGUAGUAGUCAUUCAUUGGCAACUUCUACCCAACCAUCUCGAGGUCAACAAGCACGUUAUGUCACACCACCUGUUACAAAUUUACCAAGUAAUGCUUAUGGUGAAAUGUAUGCACAAGUUCGUCAACGUGUUAUGCUUAAAGAUCCUAGUUUAGCUUCAAAUCCUGAAAAACUUGAUAAAUUAACAAUGAAUCGAUUAUUGAGUGCAUUAACCACUCCAGUGUUAAUUAACUCUGAUGAUAUACGUAAUCAAAAGUAUAUUUUCAAUAAGAAAUAA